ACCGCUGCAUGCACGCCACAAACCGAGCUAUGAGAUGAGUCUGCUACAUACAUAACGCGACCAGCCUUUGUUUUAAACAUUUCUUUUAAGGUCUGCUUUUGGUGAUACGUCUUUUUUAAAUCUUUUAAGAUGUUCAGUGAAACUUUUGUACAUCCUGCCAUGUAAGUCAUUUCAUUUCGGAAUGUUUUCCAGUAACUUAUUUUGGGCACAGGGUGGCACGUUGACUGCCUAAACUUUGCUGAAAGGUCUUUCUUUCUUUAUAUUUUAUACGUAUCGCAUAAUAGUCGUAUUAGUAUUGCAUAAUGCGUAGUGUUUUAUUUAGAACUUUUUUAUGCUUCUUAUGCAUUUAUGCUUUAUACUUUUUCUUCUUAUAAUUGUGUUUUCUAACAAAACCGACUAGAUUGAAAUCGUCUUGUCAGUGUUUUAACUUAUAUACACGACGAAACAAAGAAAAUUGAAGAUGUCUGCAAUCAUCUCAGAAUAUUUCAGAUUCGCUGCACUCUUCUUCAAGAGUAAGGAUGUUAUGAUCUUUAAUGGCCUCAUAGGUUUAGGGACAGUAGUCAGUCAGACAGCAUACAACAUAUUUGCUUUUAACUGUCCGUGUUCGCCAACAAAGAACUACGUGUACGGUGUGACUGCGAUCGGUGUACCCGCCCUCGCUUUCUUCGUAAUUGGGGUCAUUCUCAAUCAAAAUACCUGGGAUAUUGUGUCGGAGUGCCGCACCAGAAAAUGCCGAAAACUCUCUGGCACUGCUGCCUUUGCUGUGAUGGGCUCUAUCGUGGGUCGAGCAGCAGUUGCUCCGAUCACCUGGUCAGUGAUUUCCCUCCUGAGGGGAGAAGCGUAUGUUUGUGCUUUUAGUGAGUUCAUAGACCCCUCUACUCUGGACAACUUCCCUCCAACUUCAGACCCUCCAAAAAUCAUGGCGCGCUUUCCAUGUAAGGACUUACCUGUGAAGCUGCUGAAUUACUCAGGAGAGGUCGAACGACGGUUAAAAUACGAAUCCCAGCUGUUGGGCUGGCUGUUGGUGGGGGUAAUUUCCCUCUCUGUCUUUCUGCUCCUCUGCCUGAAAAACUGUUGCUCUUCCCUCGGCUACCGGCAGGAGACGUACUGGUCACAGUAUCGGUCCAAUGAGAAAGCUCUUUUCCAGCGGACGGCGGAUGUGCACGCCAAAUUUCAUGCUGCCGAAAACGUCAAGAGUUUCUUUGGAUUCGUUGCGUUGGAAAACCAGGAGAAGGAGCUUUUAACACAGUAUGAGGGAACGUCAAUCAAGAACGUCAUUCCUAGACUGGAGUGGAACCGCAUCACAGGAGUUUACAUGUACAGAGAGAUGAACGACGCUCCGCUGUAUAGCCGCCUAAACAAAUGGGCCAAUUACACAAACGAAAACAACUGUUAGUCCAUUGAGAAAGAAAUGACAUUUAGGCAUUUGGAAGACGCUUUUAUUCAAAGCGACUUACAUUUCUUUAUUCUAUACAUUUUACAUAGGUAUUUGCAAUCCCCCGGGAUCGAACCCACAACCUUGCAUUGUUAAUGCAACCACUGAGCUACAAGAAAUGAGACAUUGAAUGGAUUAUUGGGUAGUAGGCCUAUGCUUUCUAAAUAGGCCUGUUGUUUAUUUGUUACUUAAUGGCUGCUUUGCCUCGGAAUACUAUUGUGUUACUGUUCUAGUAUUAUUUGAAAUGUAACGCUUUUUUAUACGUUUUUGUAAGCACGAUGGGGUGUUAUGGCGCCGCAUGCAGCUCAAAUGUUCAAUGCACAGUAAAAUAUUUCAUUUCAGUUUUGACGAACACAAUGUACUCUCAGGUUGACCCUUUGUGGUCCGUUGUUUACCAAUAAAGUGC